UAGAAAUAUUAUAUCGUAUAUAUUAACAGGCGGAUAUCAACAACAUAUAUACGCGCACGUAUAUAUGUUUUCGCAUUUUGUUUCUCCUCAGUCCACAUAAUAAACUUUGCUUUUCAGCUCUAAUCGCGCAGUGUGUGUGCAAAGUGCUCCUUUAACCUUUAAGUGUAGAAAGUGCAAGAUGCAGCUGAUGCAGGUGGCAACUUGUCAACAAUAACCAUAACCUAUUUUGCUGUUGCUUGUUAUAUUAUUUUUAUCGUAAUACAUCAAUUUGUUGCAAAAACAGCAAAAAUAAUAUAACACGAAGAGACGAAGUCUAAAUGUAAAAGUGUGCGACAUAAUAAACGAGACUCUACGAGUUGGAAACAUUCUUUACAAAGAAAAAAUUAUUGCCGCUCAAAGACCAAAAGAUGCUUGGCUGCGCAAAAACCGCAUUUAUUGCAUUUUUCACAAUUUGAAGAAAAUAAUAGGAUAUAACGUAAAUUAAUAGAGAGGCGUAUAUUUAGAAUCUUAUCCGAUUAAAAUGUGGAAACAGUCUAAACUGUUGUACAACAGAUGCGCGGUGCAGGGAAGGAAAGCUCUCUUUCGCAAUUACAAAACGGAAGAAGCGGCCUCGAAAGUGGCGUCGGAGGAUUCGGAAUGUGCACUUCCCAAGGAAGCACGGGUUGUUAUAUGCGGGGGUGGAGUUAUGGGUGGUGCUGUGGCGUACCACUUGUCCCUCAUGGGACUGGGACCGGAGACUAUUUUGGUCGAAAGCGGCAGACUAGGGGGUGGAACGACAUGGCACGCAUCAGGAUUAGUAGGGGCCUUCAAGCCCAGUCUGGCGCAAGUGAAACUUGCUCAGGAUAGCAUCGCUUUGUACAAAGAGUUGGAGAAGAAAGGACUCUCGACAGGAUGGAAGCAAUGCGGCAGCCUUUCCUUGGCACGAACGCGAGACCGCAUGACGUCGUUCAGGCGAAUGAAGGCACAAUCUGUGUCACGAGAUAUCGACUGCCAUUUGGUUUCACCAGAGGAAAUUCGAGAUCUGUGUCCAUUGCUACACGUCGAGGAUCUGAUUGGAGGAUUGUGGAUUCCAGAAGACGGCGUCGGUGAUCCGUAUCAAAUCUGUUUGACAUUGAUGCAAGAGGCACAACAAAGAGGUGUUACAGUAUUCGAAAACUGCGCGGUUACUAAAGUUAUCAAUCAGAAUGGCCAGAUAGAUGCAGUGGAGACAACACGUGGUACCAUCAAGUGCCAGCAUUUUGUAAAUUGUGCUGGAUUUUGGGCACGGAAUGUGGGUAAACUGAGUGAGCCAUAUGUCAAGGUACCACUCCAUCCAGUAGAACAUUAUUACUUACACACUAAACCUAUUGCUAAUUUAGAUCCAAUGAUACCCGUUAUACGCGACUUGGAUGGGUAUAUCUACUUUCGAGAGAACGAAGGGCGACUGUUGGCCGGUGGUUUCGAGCCGGUCGCGAAACCAGCAUUCGAAGAUGGCAUAAUUCCUGAGAGCAUGGAUAAGCGAUUCUUACCAGAAGAUUGGGAUCACUUUCAUAUUUUGCUGGAACAGAUUUUGCAUAGAAUGCCGAGUUUAGGGAACGCAGUUCUGGAGAGGCUCUGCAAUGGGCCUGAGGCAUUCUCUCCGGAUUGCAGAUGGAUCGUGGGAGAGGCGCCAGAAAUACGUAAUUACUACAUCGCCGCCGGAAUGAAAACGGUCGGAAUAUCCGCCGCCGGCGGAGUCGGUCGCGCAACGGCGGAAUUGAUAGUUAACGGCUCGACUUCGUUAGAUAUGUACGAGUUGGAUGUCUCGCGUUUCCUCGGCUUGCAUAACAAUCGCAAAUUUCUACGCGACCGAGUGCGAGAGGUACCUGGGAUGCACUACGGGCUACAGUAUCCGCACCACGAGUUCAAAACCGGAAGAAAUCUGAGAAUGUCGCCGAUUUAUCCAAAGCUCAGAGACGCGGGCGCCGUUUUCGGCCAGGUCAUGGGUUACGAGAGACCGUCCUGGUUUCAGCCGGACGAUGACUACGAUUUGGAGUUUCCCGAUGGUUUCCAGAGAUACAAAAUAGCGUAUACGAAUACCUUCGGUAAGCCACCUUGGUUCGACGCGGUCGCGCAAGAAUACGCUGCUUGCAGAGAAGCGAUCGGCUUAAGCGAUUAUUCCUCCUUUACCAAAAUCGACUUAUGGUCGAACGACACGGAAGUUGUGGAUUUGUUGCAAUAUUUGUGCUCGAAUGACGUGGAUGUGCCUGUGGGAAGUAUUAUUCACACCGGUAUGCAAAAUCACCGUGGCGGCUACGAGAACGAUUGUAGUUUAGCGCGAAUCGCACCGAAUCAUUACAUGAUGAUUGCACCAACUAUUCAACAAACGCGUUGUAAGAAUUGGAUCCACCGUCAUCUACCCGCGGACGGUUCUGUCGCCGUGUCCGACGUCACGUCGGCGUACACUGCAAUUUGCAUAAUGGGUCCGGCUACCAGGAAAUUGUUAACCGAAUUGACGGAUAUAGAUUUAAAUCCAAAAAACUUCCCGUUCUUUACAUUCAAGGAAUUAGACGUUGGACUUGCCAAUGGUAUUCGUACGAUGAAUUUAACGCACACUGGAGAACUUGGCUAUGUCCUGUAUAUUCCAAACGAGUUUGCACUGCACGUCUACACACGGCUGAUAGAGGCCGGAGCGAAAUACGGGGUGAAACAUGCUGGUUACUAUGCGACGAGAGCAUUACGCGUUGAGAAGUUUUACGCAUUUUGGGGACAAGAUUUGGAUACCUUCACUACUCCUUUAGAAUGUGGAAGAUCGUGGAGAGUAAAAUUCGAUAAGGAAGUUGACUUCAUAGGUAGAGAUGCUCUUUUGAGACAGCGUGAGCAAGGAGUCCAGCGCAAGUACGUGCAAUUACUGUUAAACGAUCACGAUCUCGAGUUUGAUACUUGGUGCUGGGGUGGCGAGCCUAUUUAUCGAAACGGAAGGCAUUGCGGAAUGACAACCACCACGGGUUACGGAUUUACGUUCAAAAAACAGGUGUGUCUUGGAUUUGUGCAGAAUUUCGAUUCGAAAGGUCAACCACAAGAGGUGACAAACGAGUACGUAUUAUCGGGCGAUUACGAAGUGAACGUCGCGGGUAUCAUGUACCCUGCAAAGUGUCACUUGCACAGUCCGAAUUUACCGACCAAAUUCCCCGAUAAAGAGAGAGACGCUUAUCACGCUACGCGCGACCAACAAUCUUUGUAAUCUCCCGUUUAGAAAUAAUAUUUCAAGUCUGUACAAACGAUGUAUAUAGCAAAAGAUUGAAUAAAUCGUUUAAUAAGUAUCACUCAAAAA